GUGUGUGUUAUAGUUCACCACUUUCACCCCCAUUUUCACAGCGUGAACACAUCAGAAAACCCUCCCUCCCCUCAUUUUAUCAGUUCCCAAUCACACCCAAAUCCAAUUCCAAAUCAAAAUCAAAAUCGGCAAAAAAUGGAAGGUCAUCCUAGGAGAGCCGAAGCAGAACGAUUACUCGGAAUCGCCGAGAAACUCUUGCAAGGCCAAGAUUUCAACGGCUCUCGAGACUUCGCAAUCUUAGCUCAAGAAACCGAGCCCUUAUUAGAAGGUCCCGAUCAGAUCCUGGCCGUAGCCGAAGUCCUCCUCGCCGCCCAGAAACGGAUCAACAACCACCACGACUGGUACUCCAUCCUGCAAGUCGAUCGCCGCUCCGACGACCUUGAAUCCAUCAAACGCCAGUACCGCCGCCUCGCCCUCCUCCUCCACCCUGACAAGAACAAGUUCGCCCUCGCCGACGCUGCCUUCCGCUUCGUCGCCGCCGCCUGGGCCGUCCUCUCCGAUUCCACCAAGAAAUCUAUGUACGACAAUGACCUAGGCUUGUUCUCCAAAGUCGAUUUGGUCGCUUCCAAGAAUCAGAGACCUCAUCACCACCAAUUCCAUCAGUUCCGACGCGAGCAAGAAGAUCAACCACCGCCUCCUCCGCAACAACAGCAUCAGCAGGAGUUUCCGGUGAGACGGGCGGCGGAGACGGCGGCGGCGGCGGGGAGUAGCGGUGGUAAAAAAGGCGGAGGUAGUGGAGAGGCUAAUUUCUGGACUGCGUGUCCGUACUGUUACAAUCUGUAUGAGUAUCCGAAGAGUUUGGUGGAUUGUUGUUUGAGGUGCCAGAAUUGUGAAAGGGCUUUUCACGCCGCCUCGAUCCCCUCAUUGCCGCCGCUGGUGCCGGGGAAAGAAGCGUAUUAUUGCUGUUGGGGGUUUUUUCCAUUGGGGUUUACAGUUGGUAAUGUGGAGGUUGGAAAUGUGAAGAAGAAGUUUGCAAGUGUUCCCAAACCAACGCCUCCGCCACCACAGCCGAGGCCACAGCCACCACCCCAGCCGAGGCCGCAGCCACCGCCCCAGCCCCAGCCCCAGCCCCAGCCCCAGCCCCAGCCGCAGAUGUUUCCAACAUCUGCGGUAGCGGGGCCUAGUGGUGGGGGUGGCGGGUUUGGGGAUGUUUCGAAUCCUACUCCGAUUGGAGCGGUUGGAUCGCCCCCGAAAAAGAGGGGAAGGGGCAGGCCUAGGAAGAACCCUCUACCUUAAUUGUAACUAGGGUUUGUAGAACAUCAAUUGCUUUACAAUUUUGUGGAGAUGGUAUUAAUUAGUGAAAGCAAAAGAGGUUAUUGGGAUGGGAUGGAAGUAAAUUGGAUGUUGUUGAUGAUGUUUAUGGAUGUACUACGAGAAGGGGGUUCAAAAAUCCAAUCGUGUUUGAAGUUAGGGGAGACUGAAAGCUGCUAGAGUUGGCAAGUUCAAAGAGAUCUUAUCGCAUACGGAUAGAUUAUUGCAAUGGCAAUUCCUUCUUCCAUUGUGAUUGACUUCGAUAGAUGUUCCUUAUGUGGAGACUUUUUGCAUAUGAAUAAGGUACCACCACGACAGUACCGCCCUCUUUAUGAAACGUUCUUUAUGUGAAAAUCUUUUUGCAUGGUAGGGUAGUGCCACA